AUGGAAAAAACAGACUACCACCAAGUGAUGCUAUUCUCUUCUGUCAAAACUCCCCCUGUGCUUGACAGAGAUGCAUCCUUUGGGACAUGUACCUAUAAUCUUACCUUGCUUGACUGUCUACAUGGACUGAAUAAGGCUCUAGUAAAUGGAUUUUUUAACUUUGAAACAUUUGAUGUAGAUGAAUAUGAGCAUUACGAGAAAGUAGAAAAUGGAGACUUCAACUGGAUUUUGCCUGACAAAUUUCUGGCCUUCUGUGGACCUCAUGCCAAAAGCAAGAUUGAAAAUGGCUACCCGCUCCACGCCCCGGAGGCCUACUUCCCCUACUUCAGGAAACGCAACGUAACCACCAUAGUACGGCUGAACAAGAAAAUCUAUGAUGCCAGGCGGUUCACAGAUGCAGGUUUCGACCACCAUGAUCUCUUCUUUGUGGAUGGCAGCACCCCUAGUGAUGACAUAGUCAAGAGGUUUUUAGAGAUUGCUGAGAAUGCUGAAGGUGCUAUUGCUGUGCACUGCAAAGCUGGUCUUGGGCGCACAGGCUGUCUCAUAGGCUGUUAUAUCAUGAAGCAUUACAAGUUCACAGCAGCAGAGCUGAUUGGAUGGAUAAGAAUAUGCCGUCCAGGGUCUAUCAUUGGGCCUCAGCAGAACUUCUUGGAAGAGAAGCAAGCCUGGUUGUGGAUGCAGGGGGACCUGUACAGAGCCAGACAAAAAGAGAAGGACAGGCUACGGGACAAGCACAGCGUGUCAAAACUCCUCAGCGGCAUGGAUGACAUCAGGAUACAGGACGCGGCCUACGAGAACAACAGAUACAGCACCAACAAGUACCCCAUGCAUGAGGAUGAUGAGUACUAUGAUGAUGGUGAUGAGUAUGAAGGUCGUCCUGCCACCAGAAGUGGUAAGAUUAUGACCCAGGGGGACCGUCUCAACCAGCUGAAACUCCUACGACAACACCCAAGGUCUGCAACCACAGGGACAUUGGCGCUUGAUGAUGGCAAAGUCCACAAAAGGUCCACCACUCAACCCUUUAGAGUUGUGGCUUCCUCCAAGAGUGCCCAGAGUGUCAUGUCACCCAUGAAAUCAUCCAAGAUCGCCUCCCAUAACCAUGCUCACUCCAGUGCGCCCAGUGUGAAACGUGUCACACGACAUUCCACUUCAUCUUCUGCAGGAACAUCAAGUGUACUUAAGAGCACAUCUCGGCUUGCAUCAGAAUAUGCCUCUGAUUACCUAAGUUCUAAGGCAAGGGAUCUAAAUGGUCGAGAACCAUAUUACACCAGAUCGAGUGAUAUCUAUAAAAGUACUGGAGAUCAUUCAAACUCAUCUGCAAGUUCUGCAUUGAAAAAUUAUAGGUCUAAUUAUUCCACAUCGCUCAGGUCAUCAUACUCGUCUUACUAGAGCCUCUGUACUGAGAUGAUGGGGGGAAAAGGCGAUAAGGACUGUAGUGGAGCACUAUGGUGUAAGCAGACAUGACCCUGCAUCAAAGGAGUUUUUAUAGAAUGAGAGGGACAGAUAUGAACAGAUUCUUAGUAUCUGUGAUAUAUACAUAUAUAUAGAUAUACACACACACAUGUAUCAUACUUGACCAUUAGUACUUAAUUUUAUGUCGAGACUUACCCGACUGAAGUCUUGUGUUGAAAUGCCAAACAUUGUAUGUUCUUAGACCCUUUUGUAGUGAGUUCCUAUUUAUACCUCUUGACAAUUCAUAUAACAUAUGAACCUCUGUAAAUAGUAGAGAAGAAUCGCAGAUAAAUCAACUAUAUAUCUCAUUAUGUCCUCUGUUCUAUAAGCAGAUACAAAGAGUCAAUGCCCUUUUUUAUUUUUCUUUUGGCAUGGCCCUUCACUUACCAGUGCUUAUCAAAAUUGCAUGCUUGAUGGGGAUUCUGAAGAAGAACUUGAUAUCAAGUUUCCAUAGCAGAAGUUGACUGCAAGAGGCCUUGGAAUUAGGACAUGUCAUAUUUUAUUUUGAAAAGAAAUGAACAUGUCAUGGCCUGGGUGACAAUUAAUUAAGUUGGAAUGGAAACCGGUGAACAAGGCUCAGUUUCCAAUGAAAGGUUUACUUAAUGUUUUUUGCAUAUUUGACUUGGCUAGGGCCAUUGGAAAUAAAAAAAUGCCUGUUAGCCUUUGGCAGAAGUGACAUGGUAUGGCUUUACCUGAACUUUUGAAGUGCUCAACUUGUAGACUUUUAAGAAUUAUAGUGUGGUUAGUGACUGAAUUGUAUUUAUUAAUGUAGUCUACUUAAUUCUUAACCAAAUUAUAUUGUUAAUCUUGUAUAGUGUUAACUUUUUCAUGUAAAAUGAACCUGUAAUGCAUUACAAAGCCAUUGCUGAUCUUACUCAUUGUUAACAUAUAGACCUCUCUACUAUCACAACUAUCAGUUGUUAUUAUCAUAUAUUGUAAGCAAUAACAAAUUACGAUAAAUUUUAAAAAGAGAGUAAUCACAUCACUUGUAUACAUUAGGGUGUUUAUUUUUAUAUUUAUGAAAGGAUUGUUGUACAAAACAUUAAACGUGUAGUCCUUGAAUCUCAGAUGUAAAAGUCUGAUACAGCAAGGGGAUUCUUGAGCAUAGAAGCGUAGUCAUUGUUCAAAUUCAUAGGCACCACUGAUUUUUUGAUGAUCAGUUUAAUGUUUACACAUUAAGUAUAUGUAUAUAAUUAUGUCCUUUGGCAAAUCGAGUUACAUUUAUGUAGAGUAGUUGUAAGUCAUCCUUGUAGUUUUUAAUCAUCCUUCAGUGUUUUAUGAAUCAAGGCAGCUUGGGCAGCAUUUUUUACAGGCAUUCUGAUCAUGAACAGGUAUGUUUUGUACUACUAUUAUUAAAUCUUUUGGCUUGAUAAUUUAACUAGGACUGUUAAAGUUGUUUGUGAAAUUUAAUACUAAAAUGAAUGAUAAAACAUCAUUUAGCAUCUAAGGGAAUCCCAUUAAAAUCAUUAUGACCACAUUUGGGUGUGUGUAUUAAUAUGCUGUGCUGACUGGCUUAUAAGAAUCGACUGUACUAUUUAGAUUGGAAUGAAAUUUGAACAGCUUGCUUUAGCAUACAUAGCAUUACUACACAGUGCAUUUAAAUCUCAUUCCACCCUUAUGCCCUUGCUCAGUGCAGAUUUUGAUAUACAAAUAACCAAGUCCAGGUGUCCGUUUUGGUCUUAAUUCAUUUUAUUGCACUCUUAGGUUUUUUAUAUAUUGGUUGAUAUAUUUGUAGUGAGCUGUUUGUUUCAGAGGAAUGUUUUUUGGAGCAUUUUACUUUUGUAGACUUUGCUAUACAAACCACAUUUUAACCUCUGUUUAGUUUUAAACACACAAUAAGGUAUCCAAUUGUUUUUCUUGCAUGACACUUUUUAAAGGUCAUCACACACACACAUAAAAAAGUUUCAAUAUUUAAAGCGAGAUACUUUUUCCUGGUUUGAAUAGUUUUCCUAUGGUAUGAACCAGGAAACUUGUGGCAUGCAUAUUGUCACCUUAGUUAUGGAAAAGACUUUCAUGCUUUUUAUCAUCAAAGUGUGUUCAGAAAAUGAUCAUUUGUUGAGAAAAAAAACUGUGCUAGUUACCAAGAUGUAAAAACUAGUCCCACCAGUAGAUUUAUGCAUACAGUGGUCCACCUGUUACAAAUUAUAUGUAUUUAGGAAUUAACUGUUUUGAAGUGGGUUGAUCUGAUGAAUUGUGCAGGAUCCUCCAGGAAAAAAAAGCUAAAUGGCAAUAAACUGCUUCUACGGCAA